GUAUCCUUACUGCUGUAGUGAGUGUACAUAGUUGAGCAAGAUGUUCUCCACUAACAGUCUACUGGACUGGUUUUUGAUACACUGCAAAGAAGGUCUCGUGACAAGCUGUCCUGAGCCAAUUCUUUCUCCUGCAAUAUGUGGAGCAUCCGCGUGUAAGUGCACUGCACUGAAGACAAAGUCAUGCAUAACAGCUGCUGCUUAUGGCCCGUUUCGAGUUCCUGAAGAGCGAAUACUAGUGCGAACUACCGCGUCCAUGGUCCAUGGCAUGCAUUCAACCAGAUCGGAGCAUGCGUGUCACAAUCAUAUUGACUGCUUCAUCUGCCCUGGGAUUGAUGCCGUCAAGGCAACAGAAACACCGAGAGCCAUGGUAGCUGAACUACCCACCCACUAUGACCAAGCAACGGCCCGAGGCAUCCUCACUACUGACACAGAUGGCCAUCCCAUGCCUCUACCUUCAAAGCCAGACAUCAGACAAGCCAUCAAACACAUCAGCAAAGCUCUGCACAAUCUCGCCCCGUAGUGAGCCCACAAACUCUGCCAAAACAGUCACCAUCAAAAGCGAAAAAUGAUAUUCAAUCGAACGCCUUAUUCCAGAAGAGAAAUAGAAAGACAAAUAACGUAAAUGCAAAAGUAUUGGGUGAAACCCCCCUCGCUUCUUCAACGCCCAUCCCAUCCGACGAACCUCCACGCGAUCAACCCUUUUAUCCCUGCCUUAUCCUUCCUCCCAAAGUCCAUCAACGUC